AGACCAGAGCAGCAUUUUUUAUAAGGGUAUAUUCACACUGCACAAUGUUCAGAGCACGGUGAUACAAAUGUAGAUUAAAAGGAAUAAUUCUGUAGUUUACAAAGCUGGAAAUCUAACAACCAAAAUGGAUGUAUGGUUUUUAUUUUUUGUAUUGAAUACUCACAUUUUCUUAGAUUUGGCAUGUUGCUUGUUGCAGAGAAAGAAAAACAGAAUGCUAUGUCAGAAAGGCCCAAAAUGGAAGGUGAGAUGGGGAAAUGAACUGGAUUAGUGGCAGUAUUUACAGAAACACAUUCUGCCCUUCAUAUUUAGCGUUUUCAUACUGUAUUUAAUGUGUGGAUAUCCUCUCUACUCCAAAAAUGCAAUCUAAAGAGUUCCCCUUAACUUGACCAAAGUAGCCACUUAACUUGAUGUCGAUUUCAAGAAAUAUAAAUAUCGCAGCCUUCUGUUCCAAAAAAAACAAAAUUUCCAAUAAAGGCCGUGAGUGGUAACAGGUGGUUUUUGGACUUGUACGCACUUCCGAGUUGAUUUAUUUAUUGUAAAAGUAGAGACAAAAUAAUUAUUAAAAACGUCUUGCAACUUAGUCGAAAUUAAAAAUUAUCUCAAUUUAAUGUUUGAAGCUCUACAAAAGUGGUCAAAAAAUCAUUUUACAAAACCUCCCGUCCUCACCAGACAUUUACCAAACAGCAGACCUCCACCAAGCACCCGGUGUGUUCUUCAUUACUCAAAUUAAUGGGAGGGUCUAACAAUUAACAACUAAAACUAAACAAUUCCAAAUAUAAAUAUUAAUUACAAAUUUUGGUUCUAAAUUAACUUAAAUAUAUUCUAACUACCCAAAGAACAAAACUAAAUAGGUAGAAAUUACAAACUACAAAAAUUUGGCAUAAAUGGCCACAACAAUAACAGAGAACAAAUAUAACAUCAAAAAACAUGUUGUUUGAUGGACCUGGUGUUUAGGUUAUACUUAAACAGACUGAAGUUCCUCCGAUUCAAACAAACAGACUUAUCAGUGAAAAGUGGACUUAAAUCAACGUCAAAUUCAUUCUUUUUAUGCAGUGAGAUGAAAAAUCUAUGUAAUUAAAAGUCUGUCAGUAAGGUUCUCUCAGUGGAUCUUAUGCAUCUAAUGUGCAGAGUUUAGUCAGAAAACAGAAUCCAGCUUAUUUUAUGCUACAGUACAUCUAUGCUACUAGUUUCUGUUCUUCUAAGUUUGUGUUUAGACAGUGCUAACAGUACAGGAAGCCCACUGGUUUCCUCGUUUCUUUUUCUAAGAGAAGAGUAACUUUGCUUCUGCUUUAGUUUGUCUGUUGCCUUGAGGAACUGAAAGAUGUGGAGCCUUUACUUGCUCCUCAUGUGCACUGCUGUGAGUUGGGUGACCGGUGAUGUAAUCUCUGUGUUCGGAUAUGAGGGCAGCGCUGUGAAGGUUCCCUGUCCAUAUGGUCGAGGAUAUGAGGAUUAUGAAAAGUACCUGUGCAAGCACGACUGCAAAGUUGAUCAUGACGUACUUAUUAAAUCAAAAGGAAAUAACAACAAAUACUCAACCGAUGAUGACAAAAGAGCAAGAACCUUCACAGUGACCAUCUCUGAUCUUCGUCUUGAGGAUGCUGGAAAAUACUGGUGUGGAGUGACCAAAGACUUUACAGAUAUAUACAAGGAAGUAAAGCUGAACAUAAGACCAAGUAAAAGAAUAAACUGUCCGUACGACUCUGAGUCUGUCAACAAGCUGAAGUUCCUCUGCGGAGGAAACCGGCCCUCCACAUGUCGACAGCAGGCAGUGAUCACCUCUAACAACACACAAAAUGGACGAUUCAGACUCUCUGAUGACAGGAAGUCAAGAAUAUUCACAGUGACCAUUUCCAGUCUGACCCUGGAGGAUUCUGGGUCGUAUCUUUGUGGAGUCCAGAGAAACUCAGGAUUUGAUGAUGUUACGGCUUCAGUGGGUCUCUGCCCUUUUUUCCUUUUAGGGUUCUGCAGACAGGUCUCUGCAGGUGAUGCGUGUUGCCCUGAUUGGUGUUCUGCAGCUUUAAAACUGCCAGCCAUGCAGCAGUGA